ACUGUCAAACACUAUAUUCAUCCCUAGAAAAUAAAUUUCCUUAUUGGAUAUCGGAUGUCGGUACGUCGGCUACAGGCUCGCGUAAACUCUGUGACGAUCUCGUAGAAUCCGUCCAGUCAGUUAGUCGCGAGUCGCGCCGGUGAGUGUGAGAAUAGGGUGUGUGCGAAUUCUUUUCUCGAAUGCGCCCGUCUUUACCUCGUCUUGUUUUGACGUUUUCUUGUCAUCAUCGUGAUAGUCGUGAAAUCUGUGCAUUGAAACAUAAUGUCAGGCAACGACCCAAUGUUCAUAGCUACGGACAGCAUUGAUGGGAUUUGGCCGUUCCUGCAGAGCAUUGAUUGGAGGGAUCCAUGGCUAGCUGUAUUAAUAACAUUUCACAUUGCCAUCACAUUAACUGCAUUAAUGACGAGGAAUCACGCAAACUUUCAGAUAAUUCUAUUUCUUACACUAUUACUCCUGGUUUAUUUCUCAGAAACCAUUAAUGAGGUGGCAGCGACAAAUUGGAUGGUAUUUUCUAGACAGCAAUAUUUUGAUUCCAAAGGCUUAUUUAUAUCUCUUGUUUAUUCCAUACCUAUUUUAAUAAACUGUAUGAUUAUGGUGGCCAGUUGGCUUUAUCAAUCCAGUCAAUUAAUGACAAGCUUAAAACGGGCUCAGCUGCGACAGCAGGCAAAAAAUCGCCAAUUAGACGAUGAAGCAGCGAAUGGUAGGAUGGCUGACCGACCGAAAAACGACUGAAAAUUGGAUAUCUAGUCACACACAUAACGCGAAAGAAUAAGGAUACAAGAAACAUAUAUUAUUUAAUUUAAAGACAAAAUAACAAAUUAUAUCUAUAUCGACUUACAGUUAGGUAGGUUUCACAGAGCAUUGUGUAUACUUGAUUAUUGCCCAUUAAACAAUUGCUCCGAUUUCAAUUACAAACAUAUGUAUAUAUCAAUGCAAUCAUUGAAUAAUAAUGCACAUCAGAAUUGCCUAGUCAUACUUUGUUAGAACGUAUCUCCAACAUUGUACGUUACAACGAUUUUAUAAAGUAUCACUUGAUGCAGGACAUGAAACUGUAUUAAGAUAUAUGAGAGAUGAUUAGCCAUGCGAUAAAUAAUAACCAUGCAGAAACAUGCAGUAAUGUGACGAAAUAUACUGUUAUCUUACCAUUAAGAAACAUUCCGUUAGUUUAUACUCGUUAUUUCGUCAUCCUUUGAGAACUGGGUUGAGUGAUUAAAUCCUUAUAAAUUUUUUUUAAGAAAAAUUAUAUUUUCAAAGUUUAUUUUGUUUGUAUAUAUUUUUAUUUUCACCAGUAAAUUUGCAGGUUCCAUGCACUAUAAUAUCUUUCCACUUGUCUGCACUAUCUAACGCAUCUAACGUCACUGUGUCAAUACUUGAAGAUUUUUAAAGCUUUUAUUUGAUAAAGCAAUAAUAAGCUUUAUUCAAUGUCCUCAAAUUGAACAAUAAUAUUAAAGAGUGUCGCUUAUAUGUACAUCAGUCAUCAGUUCUCAGAGAAUGAAAAUACGAUCGUGAAUCAAAGUGUUCUUAAUGUGUAAUUAAAGUACUUAUUACAUAAUAUAUGCAAGCAUACAUCACACUUUCACCAUAAUAGUGCUGUAAAGAAGCAUAAUACAUAAGUAAGGGUCCUAGGACACAAUAAAACGUGUAUGCAUGUAUAUGUGAGUGUGAAUAUGAAUUCUGCGAAGGCAGAUCAUAGUCUUUCGAAUCGUUCUUUGUGAUUUCGUGGAAACGUGAAAUGUCUGAAGAGUGUUGUAUAGAAUGUCGUUCCCUGAGUUGUAUAUUAAUGUAAAUCAAAGCGCAUUGUCUUGCCGCCUUUAUAUUUAAUACGCGACUAACCAUUUUAAAAUAAAGUAUUUGUUUGUACAA